AUGAAUAAAAAGUUCCAAAAUAGUGAAGUGAUUGUACGUGAUGCUACCAUAAAUGAUAUGAUAGCGGUGGCUGAUAUGAUUCAGGAGUUAGCUAACUUUGAGAAGAUGCCUGAUGGUCCAAAGUUGACCGUUAAGGAUCUUCAACGUGAUGGCUUUGAAACACAACCACCAGCCUUUCGUUGUAAGGUGGCUGAGUUGAAAUCGGAAGUUGUAGGCUUUGCCCUAUACUUCAAUACAUAUUCAACUUGGGAGGGGAAAGCCCUGAUGUUAGAAGAUCUGUAUGUUCGAGAAAACUUUCGUCGACGGGGAGUUGGUCAGAUGCUCUUCUACAACGUUGCUGCGGAAGCUGCGGCCACUGGAUGUACGAGACUAGAUUUCCAUGUUCUAGCGUGGAACGAAGCUCGCUCCUUCUACGAAGCGAUGGGCGCGGAGAACUUGACGGCCAGUCAAGAGUGGUGCUACUACCGGCUGUAUGGAGACGCUCUCACAUCACUAUCCAAUCAAAAAUGA